AGGGCCGAGGCAUCAUUAUUCUAUGCUUUCCGAGAGACGCCACGUACAACGACGUUUUCUUCCUUUCAACCAAUAUCCAACGCUUUUCAUACCCUCGUAUCCUUACUACAGGACAUUCUUCAUAGAUACCCCACAUAGAUGGCAGCGACACCGAAGACAGAUCGUCACGCUACAGACGUCUCCGUCGCUCGACCUGCAGGUGGUAGCUCAUCGGAAUCGGGUGCUACCAUUCACCCUUCGUUCACCUUCGAGGAUGCAGAUGUCGUUCUAUGCUCUAAAGACGGUAUAUCUUUCCAGGUAUUCCGUAUAUGCCUCAGACUCUCCUCGGGCUGGUUCCGCUCCUUAUAUACUUUGCCUCAAAACGAGGCAAGUAGCUCCACCGAGACCAUCUACAUGGAUGAGUCUUCAGAUACGCUUGCCAUCUUGUUGAGCAUCGCUCAUGGACAAGAUGUACCGCAGCUCAAGGAUAUGGACGAGGUCGAGUCUGCGAUACAUGCAGCGGAGAAGUACGAUAUGCCGGGAGUGCUGAAUUACAUUCGUCAGGGUCUACUUCGCUUCGCUGAACAACAUCCAGUCCGAGUGUAUGCGUUGGCAUGUAGAUGGGGAUGGAUAGACGAGGCGAAAGUCGCAUCCACGCAUACAGUCAAACUUGACCUUCUAUCAUCCUCCGUUCUCCCAUCGCUGAAUGCCAUGGAUUCGGCAGAUUUAGCCAGACUCAUGUUCCUACAUCGUCAAAGGAGGGAUUGUCUUCGAGAGCGGCUGGACUCCGAAGAAGUAUUCUACGCCAACGUCGUUCCCUCGAGAUGCCAGAAUCCUACAUGCAACGCCGAAGUCAUACACGAUAAAUGGCACCAGCUCAAGUAUCAUUGGCUCACUACCAUUGAUAAAGAUCCUGCGUUGUUUUCAUCACGGACGGCGUUGCUGGAGGGGCCUGAGGUGUUGGACGUGAUUAACUUCAAGUGCGCACGAUGCACUAAGAAGCAGUAUAAUACCGAGAGUACUUUGACUAAUCUGAGGAACCUCCUUGAUGAGCUUCCUCGGGCUGUUGAGGUAUGUAUGACGUGCCCGACCAGUGUCGGCUUUCAAAACGCUGAAGAUUCCUCCCAUUCAGUUUUGACUGUCUACGUGGUCGCACUCAUGACGUCUCUCAGGGCCCAGCGGUGCAUCAGCACCUACGGAUGCAAUGAUAUGGCUACACUCCCACACCAACCAUGGCCUUCGGGGACAGAUGGGAACUUCGGAUACUGGUUAUUCCUGGAUCUCAGUUGAGGUUGCGAAGGCGGUUCGUUUGGGUGUGCCCGCGCAUCUUGGUUUGUCCAUCCAGUGCUUGAAUCUUGGAGUCCAUGCUCUUUCGUUGGAUCGAACUCGAUUGUAUCCUGACUAUCCCCAUUGAUUUAUAUUGUAGCCCAAAGCGAUUCAUCCUUUCGUUUGUCGGAAAGCGGGCUUGCCAAUUCUAAACAUCAUUUCUUCAGGAGCGCAAGAUUGUAUGCUUUCGCCCAGUACACGUAACGUCGAUUAUCUCGAAAUGCAGAUGACAUCGCAUGU